AUGGCAACACCACCACCCUCACCCACUACCAAUGUCGACCUUCUCCUUCCCUUCUCUAUGAAGCACAAAGGCCACCUAACCCUCUCUUGCGAGUCCAACGGCCUUCGAGCCGAUUUCCAACCACUACUGGGGAAGCCAAAGGGAAAAUUCUCAAUUUUCUUUCCAAUUGCUACAUAUCUGGAUUACUCUAGAAAUAAUUUCAGCUCUAGUAUACCAAAUGAGAUCGAGGAUUUCCUUAAUAAGACUUUGUUCUUCUCUCUAUCAAGCAAUAACUUGCAUGGGCCCAUUCCAAUUUCAAUAUGCAAUGCUACAGUUCUUCGGCUUCUUGAUUUGUCUAAUAAUUCUUUGAGUGGCAUGAUUCCCAAAUGCUUGAUCGCAGGCAGCCUUGGAGCACUUAAUUUGAGAAGAAACAAUUUUACUGGAAAUCUUUCCAAUUCUAUUUUUACUGAAGAUUGCUUAUUAGAAUCUCUUGACCUUAGUGGAAAUCAGAUCGAAUGUCAGCUUCCAAAAUCUCUCAUCCACUGCACAGGUUUACAGACGUUGAACCUUAUAAACAAUCAUAUAACUGAUAGCUUCCCAUGCUUCUUGAAGAACCUAUCCACUUUGCGUGUCCUUGUUCUGCAAUCCAACAAAUUUUACGAACACAUUGGAUGUUCUGAAGCAAAUGAAACUUGGCCAACGCUUCAAAUCAUAGAAGUUGCUGCCAACAAUUUUAAUGGUGAAAUACCGGCAACAUAUUUGACAACUUGGCAGACAAUGAUGGAUAGAAAAGAUGGUGUCAGUGUCCUGGGAUUUACACAGGUACAUGGGGCAUAUCCAAGUGUUUCUAUUCAAAAUGCUGUAACAGUUACUAGUAAAGGUUUAAAGAUAAAUCUGCUAAAGAUUAUCUCUAUCUUUACCUUGAUUGACUUCUCAUGCAACAAUUUCAGUGGACAAGUACCUAAGGAAAUAGGAGAUUUUGAAUCACUAUAUGUCCUUAACUUGUUUAAAAAUGUUUUCACGGGUGAAAGCUCAUUGUCAUUGGGCAACAUACGGAAUCUCGAAUUCUUAGACCUAUCACAUAACAAGUUGAGCAGGAAAAUUCCACCACAGUUGGCAAACCUUAGUUUCCUUUCAUUCAUGAAUCUGUCAAACAACCAACUGGUCCGCAGGAAAACUAAUUGGCACUCAAUUCUCAACAUUUUCAAGUACCUCCUUUAUUGGUAA